UUUGAAUAUAUCCCUGGAGAGACCAAUACAGUGGCAGAUGCACUGUCAAGAGAUAGAAGAUAUAAAAUAGUUUGGUCCGACGAAUGGAUCAAGGAAAUUGUAGAGUCAUACAAGGACUCAAGUGAAAUUGUGGAGAUUCAAAGAAACAAGAAUAACAAAAUCAUUGAAGAGGAAGGUCUAUUGUUCAUUGUUGAACCAGACCUGUCGAAGCGUCUAAUCUUGGUAGACAAGAAACACAUUGCAAAAAUACUGGAUGAAAGUCAUGCUGGUUAUAUUGGUGGUCAUUUGGGUAUCACCAAAUCGUAUAUGAAGAUACGAUCAAAUUAUUUCUGGAUUGGAUUACAUUCGUCGAUCGUCAAGUUCAUUGGUUCUUGUGAUAUUUGUCAACGUUCAAACAAAUGCAAAGCGAAGGGUUUUCUGACGUCUCUAGAGAUACCUCAAAGAAAUUGGAUGGACAUAUCGAUGGACUUUAUGUCCUUGCCGACGUCCAAGAAUGGAAUGGACAAUUUAUUGGUUGUUGUGGAUAGACUAAGCAAGAUGGUUCACUUAAUGGCUUGCACUAAAGAGAUUGAUGCAGUAGGUACUGCAAAGUUAUUAUUUAACAAUGUCUUUAGACUACACGGACUGCCAUCGUCAAUCGUGUCGGAUAGAGAUCCGAGAUUCACGAGUGACCUUUGGAGUGAAUUAAUGACAGCUAUUGGAACAAAAUUAAAGAUGUCAACACCGAAUAGACCUCAAGGUGACGGUCAGACGGAAAUCUACAACAAGACUAUUAGAAAGAUAAUGGAAAAGUUUCAAGAGACACACAAGGAGAAUUGGGAUGAGCAUCUGACAGCUGUAGAAUUUGCUCUCAAUUCAUUUAAACAAUCGUCAACCAAACUUUCACCAUUCGAAAUCAAUUAUGGAUUUGAACCAACAACACCUUCCAACAUAUUCAACAUUCAUGCGAUCAAAGAUAUGGACAUCAAACAGAUGAUAGAUUACUUCCAAAAGGUUGCGAGAGACAACAUUUUGUCAUCACAAGUCGAACAAGCAAGAAACUACAACAAGAAUAGAAAGGAGAGUACUUUGAAAGAAGGGGAUGAGAUCCUGUUGAAUCGUAACAAGAUCAGCGACGCAUUACUCAAACAAGUGGUAGACAGUAAAAAGUUGAUUCAGGACAAGAUUGGUCCAUUCAAAAUUGUAAAGAAGAUUGGAGAGAAUACAUUUGAAGUCGAUCUACCAUCGACGAGCCGCACACAUAGGGUAUUCAAUGCUGACUACAUGGAAUUGUACAUCAAGAAUGACAAUGACCAAUUCCCAGAUAGAACCAUUCAAUUAGAUAGACCACAAGCAGUAUUGGUUGAUGGAGAAGAGGAGUUUGUAGUAGAAAAGAUACUUGCCAAGAAACUGGUUGGUAGAAACAAAAAGGUUCAAUACUUUGUGUUGUGGAAAGGAUACCCAAUCGACGAAGGUUCAUGGGUAGAUCACGAACAAGUAGAAGAUUGUGAAGCACUUGAUAUCUUCGAGCAAGAACAAGCAGCUGUCACGAAACAAGACAAAACAAACAAGGAAAAGAAAUAA